CUGGGCCCCCGUGGAUAGGAGGGGCCGGGCGAGCAGGCAGCUGGGCUAUGGUUUGGUGCCUCAGUCUGGCCGUCCUCAGCCUCAUCAUCAGCCAGGGGGCUGACGGUCGAGGGAAGCCUGAGGUGGGCUCAGUGGUGGGCCGGGCUGGCGAGAGUGUGGUGCUGGGCUGCGAUCUGCUGCCGCUGGCUGGCCGGCCCCCCCUGCACGUCAUCGAGUGGCUGCGCUUCGGAUUCCUGCUUCCCAUCUUCAUCCAGUUCGGCCUCUACUCUCCCAGAAUUGACCCUGAUUACGUGGGGCGAGUCCGGCUGCAGAAGGGGGCGUCUCUCCGGAUUGAGGGGCUCCGGGCGGAAGACCAGGGCUGGUACGAGUGCCGAGUGCUUUUCCUGGACCAGCACAGCCCUGAGGACGACUCCGCUAACGGCUCCUGGGUGCACCUCACAGUCAAUUCACCCCCUCAAUUCCUGGAGACCCCUCCCCAGGUGCUGGAAGUUCAGGAGCUGGAGCCCGUGACCCUGCGGUGUGUGGCCCGUGGCAGCCCACAGCCUCAUGUGACUUGGAAGCUCCGAGGACAGGACCUUGCCCAGGGCCAGGGUCAGGUGCAGGUGCAGAAUGGGACGCUGUGGAUCCGGCAGGUGGAACGACGCAGCUCCGGGGUCUACACCUGCCAAGCCUCCAGCACCGAGGGCAGCGCCUCCCACGCCACCCAGCUGCUGGUGCUAGGUCCCCCAGUCAUCGUGGUGCCCCCCAAGAACAGCACGGUCAACGCCUCCCAGGACGUCUCCUUGGCCUGCCGGGCUGAGGCGUACCCCACCAACCUCACCUAUAGCUGGUUCCAGGACAGCAUCAACGUAUUCCACAUUAGCCGCCUGCAGCCCCGAGUGAGGAUCCUGGUAGAUGGGAGCCUGCGGCUGCAGGCUGCCCAGCCCGACGACGCAGGCCGCUACACCUGCGUGCCCAGCAACGGCCUCCUGCGCCCGCCUUCGGCUUCUGCCUACCUCACUGUGCUCUACCCAGCCCAGGUGACAGCGAUGCCUCCUGAGACCCCCUUGCCCGUAGGCAUGCGGGGGGUGAUCCGGUGCCCGGUCCGUGCCAACCCCCCACUGCUCUUCGUCAGCUGGACCAAGGACGGGCGGGCCCUGCAGCUGGAUAAGCUCCCUGGCUGGUCCCAGGGCCCCGAGGGCUCACUGAUCAUCGCCCUGGGGAACGAGGAUGUGCUGGGAGAGUACUCCUGCACCCCCUACAACAGCCUCGGGACUGCAGGGCCCUCCCCCGUGACCCGCGUGCUGCUCAAGGCCCCCCCAGCUUUUCUAGAAAGACCCAAGGAAGAAUAUUUCCAAGAAGUAGGGCGGGAGCUGCUCAUCCCCUGCUCUGCCCAGGGAGAUCCCCCUCCUGCUAUCUCUUGGGCCAAGGUGGGCCGGGGGCCGCAGGGCCAGGCCCAGAUGGACAGCAACAGUAGCCUCAUCCUGCGACCGGUGACCAAGGAGGCCCACGGGCGCUGGGAGUGCACCGCCAGCAAUGCUGUGGCCCGAGUGGCCACUUCCACACACGUCUAUGUGCUGGGCACCAGCCCACACGUUGUCACCAAUGUGUCCGUGGUGCCUUUGCCCAAGGGUGCCAAUGUCUCCUGGGAGCCUGGCUUUGAUGGUGGCUAUCUGCAGAGAUUCAGUGUCUGGUAUACCCCGCUGGCCAAGCGUCCUGACCGAACCCACCAUGACUGGGUGUCGCUGGCAGUGCCUGUGGGGGCUGCUUACCUACUGGUGCCCGGGCUGCAGCCCCAUACCCAGUACCAGUUCAGCGUCCUAGCUCAGAACAAGCUGGGGAGUGGGCCCUUCAGCGAGAUCGUCUUGUCUGCCCCUGAAGGGCUUCCUACCACGCCAGCUGCCCCCAGUCUUCCGCCCACUGAGAUGUCACCUGCUCUGUCACCUCCCCGAGGCCUGGUGGCAGUGAGGACACCCCGGGGGGUCCUCCUGCAUUGGGAUCCCCCAGAGCUGGUCCCUAAAGCACUGGAUGGUUAUGUGCUGGAAGGACGGCAAGGCUCCCAGGGCUGGGAGGUGCUAGACCGGGCCGUGGCAGGCACGGAAAUGCAGCUGCUGGUACCAGGACUCAUCAAGGACGUUCUGUACGAGUUCCGCCUCGUGGCCCUCGCAGGCAGCUAUGUCAGCGAUCCCAGCAACACGGCCAACGUGUCCACUUCCGGCCUGGAGGUGUACCCCUCACGCACGCAGCUGCCAGGCCUCCUGCCCCAGCCGGUCCUGGCCGGCGUGGUGGGCGGGGUCUGCUUCCUGGGCGUGGCUGUCCUCGUGAGCAUCCUGGCCGCCUGCCUGACCAACCGGCGCAGGGCAGCGCGCCGCCGCCGCAAGCGCCUCCGCCAAGAUGCGCCUCUUAUCUUCUCCCCGCCCCGGAAGUCAGCGCCGCACUCUGCUCCGGGUUCGGACAGUCCUGAUAGCGUGGCGAGGCUGAAGCUCCAGGGUUCCCCAGUUCCCAGCCUGCGCCAGAGUCUGCUCUGGGGGGAGCCCGCUGGCCCCCCCAGCCCUCCUCCGGAUCCUCCACCUAGCCGGGGCCCCUUACCCCUGGAGCCCAUUUGCCGGGGACCAGAUGGCCGAUUCGUGAUGGGACCCAGCGCCGGGACCCCCCAGGAAAGGUCAGGCUCUGAGCGAGCUGAACCUCGGACCCCAGCCCAGCACCAGGCCAGGUCCUCUGACUGCAGCAGCAGCAGCCCCAGUGGGAGGCCCCAGCCCCUCUGCAUUACAGACAUCAGCCCUGUGGGGCCCCCUCCCGAGGCCCCGCCCAGCCCUCUGCCUGGUCCAGGACCCCUGCUUCAGUACCUGAGCCUGCCCUUCUUCCGGGAGAUGAAUGUGGAUGGGGACUGGCCCCCUUUCGAGGAGCCUGGGGCUGCUCCACCCCCAGAUUACAUGGAUACCCGGCCCUGCCCCACCUCAUCUCUCCUUCAGCCCCUGGACUCCGCCACCGUGUCCCCCAGGGCUGUGCUUCCUGGGGCUGUGGUCGGGGCCGGGGUCACCCCAGAGCCCCUGUACACGGCACUGGCCGACUGGACACUGAGGGAACGGCUACUGCCAAGCCUUCUCCCUGCCGCCCCUCGGGGCAGCCUCACCAGCCAGAGCAGCGGGCGGGGCAGCGCCUCGUUCCUUCGGCCCCCCUCCACAGCCCCCUCUGCAGGAGGCAGCUACCUCAGCCCUGCUCCGGGAGACACCGGCAGCUGGGCCAGCGGCCCUGAGAGGUGGCCCCGAAGGGAGCACGUGGUGACAGUCAGCAAGAGGAGGAACACAUCUGUGGAUGAAAACUAUGAGUGGGACUCAGAAUUCCCUGGGGACAUGGACUUGCUGGGGACUCUGCACCUGGGCGCGGCUGGCCCUCGACCCCGACCUGAAGCUGAGCCAGAGCUAGAUGUGAAGACUCCAGAGGAGGGUGGCCUUCUGAACGCUGCCCUUGCCCCUGGCCCCGAGGCCCGCUGUGCUGCCCUCCGGGAGGAGUUCCUGGCUUUCCGUCGCCGCCGCGAUGCCACUAGGGCCCGGCUGCCAGUCUAUAGACAGCCAGUCCCCCAUCCCGAACAGGCCACUCUGCUGUGAGAGCGCCUAGUAUGAGGCUGGGUGAGGGCGCACAGACCCUGCAGAGGGCAGGCCCCAGCGGACCCCAGCUCCAAGCCUGGGUCACUGCUCCUGCCGCUCUGGGUCGGGGGGGAGGCCUCGGUGGGCUCGCCAUGAGAUGUGUAUGCCCGGCCCUUAGAGUCUGAGGACUGGGACAGGGAUCUUAGAUCUGCCCCUGUGUGUGUGUGUGUGUGUGUGUGUGUGUGUGUGUGUGUGUGUGUGGUGCUGGUGUUUGUGGUGUGGGUGAGGUUUUUUACAGGUGAAUAAAGAAAGUCUGACAAAUGUU